AUGAGUCAAGCGUCAGGCACCUUGAUGCCAUUUCUCUACCCAUGUAUAUUUCAGCCUGCAUCUUUGACGACUCGAUCCCGAUCCUACCUCACCUCGACGAGGAUUCGUCCCCACUUUUUGCACGGCAGCACUCGACGAUCACACACAUCGCUUGCGGAGACCAAUGCUGCACGGCGUGGCGCGGCAUCAGAACCCCAAAUUGCACCUAAGAGUGCCUCACGCCUCAACCCAGCCCCUGACGACUACGCGCGCAAUAUUUUCAUCGAUAAAUGUUUCUUAACGGUCCACGCCGGCGGAGGCGGGAACGGGUGCGUUUCGUUCCACCGUGACGUCUAUAUUCCCGAUGGGCCGCCUAAUGGAGGCGACGGCGGCUCAGGAGGUAACGUCUGGAUCCAGGCCGUACCAGACGAAACAAGUUUGCACAAGAUCGCGAGGCGAGGAAUCGUAAAGGCCGAACGAGGAAUCAGUGGCAUGGGCAAGAGUCAGGGCGGGCGAAAAGGAGAUGACAUCUGCAUCCAAGUGCCCGUGGGAACGGUCAUUCGAGAAGUUUGGCGCAGCGACCCCGUGACAGAGGAGGAGCAACUCCUCAAGGAACUCCAGGCCAUGGGGGUGGAGGAUCCGCUCGCAAACCCUACUGAGCAUGGUCUGCGCGACAAAUGGAUUCUCUACGCUGGAUGCACGGCUCCCGAGGCUAGAGGUGUCAAGGACAGACUUCCAUCUGCAAAGAAGGCGAGGAGGAGUCACCUGACCGUCUUGCAACCUCAGGCCCCUAUCAAUCUCGACCUGGACAAAGCGAUGGAGAAGCCACAACUCCUCGUGGCCGGCGCAGUGGGCGGGCUAGGCAACCCACAUUUUGUGAGCAAGGAAGAACCCAAGCCGAAAUUUGCCACGAAAGGCGAGCUCGCCGUGCGGGUCAAAUUCGAACUAGAACUUAAACUCCUGGCGGAUGUGGGCUUGGUAGGGCUCCCAAAUGCCGGGAAAAGUACGUUUCUACGAGCGAUCAGCAAUUCCCGCACGCGGAUCGGCGACUGGGCGUUCACGACACUGGAGCCCACGAUCGGCACAGUGGUGCUGGACAACAACGAAGGCCGGCCUCUGAUCAAGUCCGGGAUCGAGGGCGACUCACCGCGCACGAAUUUCACCAUUGCAGACAUCCCUGGUCUGAUUGAGGACGCCCAUCUGGAUCGGGGACUAGGCCUUGGAUUCUUGCGACAUAUCGAGCGUGCACGCAUCCUCGCCUUCGUCAUCGACCUCAGCGCUGGAGAUGCCGUCACCGCGCUGAAGAAUCUCUGGAAGGAGGUCGGCGAGUACGAGAACCUUCGCAACACCGAGCUCAACGAGCUGACCGAGGCUCGAGCCGUUAGCUGGUCGCCCUUUGAUAUCAGUGGUGAUGCUGCGGGGAGCGCUUCUUCCUCCCGCGGCAAAGUCUUCACGGAAGACGGUGAGGCGAUAUCCGUCUUUCCACCUCCCUCGCCCUCGGCGUCCAGGAGCAGCGCCGGCGGCGUGCGUGGCAUUGGCCGCGUGCUCGAACCUCUACGCUUUCCGCCCAUCUCAUCGAAGCCAUGGUUCGUGGUCGCGACCAAAGCCGACAAGGACUCCGCCGUGACGCAAAACGAAUUCCUCGCGCUGCGCGACUACGUGGCCAGUGUGGAGAAGGGCACGGUCGAGCACCCCAGCGGCAAGGCAAACGCCUGGCGGCAAGCCUGCGCCACCAUCCCUGUCUCCGCCAUCAAUGGCCAGGGCGUCGAUAAGGUCAUGCGCUUCACUGCUGGUUUGCUCGAUAGUAUGCAUGUCAAGCAGUUCGCCGCCUAG